UACUCUCUGCCUCUCUCUCUACCCUGUCGCUUCUCUUUCUGGAACCAGAAGAAGAGCUCGUUCGCAAUCUCCACCGUCAGUCAAACUCACUCUCUCCCUCGCUGAAGUUCCUUCUCGCUCGCACGAUGAAGCAGCUCGCGCGGAGCGAAUGAUUCGCAGCUCGUCUCGCCUCUGGAAUUCGUGCUCCGAGCUUCGGAUUGUGGAUUGCCGUAUCCGUUUCUUCCAUGGGGGGUGCUGAUCUAGGUCCUCUUCCGCUGCUGCAUCGGGCCUCGGGAAUGGAGGUGGUGGUUCACUAGGGAAUCGGAGGAGGUUUGUCUUGCAGACAGUAACUUCUAACGGACGUCAUGCAUGAGUUAUAUGGUCAAUCGAGCUAUCAGGCAUUUCUAGUUGCUGUUGAUUUUGAGUCCGGUUGAUGGGGGCUCUACCAGUGGACAAUGACGGUGGCAAUGAUAGGGCGUCCGUUGAACACAGCAUUCAUCACCAUGAGCAGAAUGGAGGAACCAAUGGAAUUCUGUAUGAGGAGCAAUGUCGGAAUUCAUCCGAGGAAGACAAUUCCAGGUCUAAUGAUGUAGUGGAAUAUCGUAACGGUUAUCCUAGUUUGGAUAUUCAGGCACAUGAUGGUUUUCGAAUAGAGCCACAACAGCCGCAAGGGCCACAACAGCCUCAUGGGCCUAUGGUACUAUGGGAGAGGUUCCUCCCCAUCAAGACAGUUAAGGUUCUUCUUGUCGAAAACGAUGAUUCAACACGGCAAGUUGUUAAUGCACUGUUACGGAAUUGUGGAUAUGAAGUUACUGCUGUUGCAAAUGGUAUUCAGGCGUGGAAGACCCUAGAAGAUCCAACAGAUCAGAUUGACCUUGUCUUGACAGAAGUAGUCAUGCCUUUGCUAUCGGGAAUAGGUCUUCUUAGCAAGAUUAUGGGCCACAAGACUUUGAAGAAUAUUCCAGUAAUAAUGAUGUCUUCUCAUGAUUCUAUGGGCAUAGUAUUUAAAUGUCUGUCAAAGGGUGCAGUUGACUUUUUGGUGAAACCUAUCCGAAAGAAUGAACUUAAGAACCUAUGGCAGCAUGUGUGGAGGAGAUGCCACAGUUCUAGCAGCAGUGGAAGUGAGAGUGGGACAAACACCAGAACGUUCAAGGAAUUGAGAAGCAAUGAUGACUCUGAGACCAAUAAUGGUAGCAGUGAAGAGCAGGAUAAUGGAAGUAACGGUUUGAGCGUGCGGAAUGGAAGUGAUGAUGGAAGUGGCACUCAGGUAAAUUUGCAUGUGGACCGGAAAAAGCCUGACAUGAUAAGAAGUUCUCACAUCUGUUCCUCGUGCGUGAGUUCAUGGACAAAUAAGACGGCCGAAGUUGACAGCCCUAAACCAGUAUCACUUUCGAAUGAAUGGGCAGAUGCUCCUGAUAGCACUUGCGCUCAGGUGGUUCAUACUGGGGCAGAAACACUCAAAAUGGACGAAGAAGAACCAGGCACUGCUGGAAUGGGCAAGGAUGGAAAAAGAGCCUCUAGAUGUCAAGAUUCUAAACAUGGAUAUCAGCAUGAGAGAUGUCAAGAUUCUAAACCUGGAUAUCAACAUGAGAGAUGUCAAGAUUCUAAGCAUAAAUAUCAGCAUGAUAGAUCCAAGAAUGCAUCCUCCAUUAUAGAACCUAAACCAUUUGAUAAAGGACAAUUGGGGCUCGACCUUGACUUAGGUGGCAAAUCUAGAAAUAAAGAAGCCAAUUUGACAUGUGGAACAGCCAAUUGCCCAGAUGCACAGACUGAAAGUACAGUUUUUGACACUAGAGAUGGUAUUUCCAGAAUCUCACAUGCAAAAGCAAAAGCUGACUGUGAUUCUAAAGAACUUCCAUCACUUGAACUAACACUUAAAAGGCUGGAAGGAGUGGGCGAUUCUGGAAAAAGUGCCCUUGGUGAUCACAAAGUUUUGAGGCAUUCUGGCCUAUCAGCAUUCUCCAAGUUCAAUGCAACCUCUUCGGCGAAUCAGGGUCGGGCAGGGACUACUGGAAGCUGUUCUGCAUUUGAUAAUUGUUCAGUUGCAGUAAGAAUGGAGAGCGAUUUUCCUUCUCGUUCACUUGGUACUCCUCCAUAUCGUCAGUCUAACACGAGUAGCAGCAACAAUGAAUUUGUUUUGAGUAGUAAAACUCCUAUAAAGCCAGAAGUAGUAGUAUCAACUUUCAAAUCUUCGGAGUCUUCCGCCUUUCAACCAGUACAGCAUGGUUUUGUGUCUUCAUCUUGGCAAGAGCUGUCUGGAAGGGCAAAUGAUGCUUGUUCUAACACAAUCCAACCACCGUCAACCAGUCCACGUCAGCACAUUCAUAUCCGGUACCACCAUCACCACCACCACCACCACUAUCAUCAUCAUCUCGACAGCUUGCAGCAGCAGCAGCAGCAACAACAACAACCUGACCACAAGGAUCUUUCACUCAAGAACAUGGCAGGAGCAGCUCCACAAUGUGGAUCAUCAAAUGCAUUCCAAGAUCAUUUAGAAGGUAAUACUGGGAACUACAGUGUAAGUGGGAGCGUCUCUGGGAGCAACGGGAAUACUGGAAGUAAAAGUGUGCCAAAUGGUGGAGAGAGUGAUAAGGUAAAGGAUGAUGGAGUUGCUGGACAUACUGGAGAUGGUGGUGUUACUGAGAAUGUUAAUGGUGGUGGACCAGAUGAAGAGCGAAUUGCACUGAGGGAGGCAGCCUUGUCCAAAUUUCGACAGAAGAGGAAGGAAAGAUGCUUUGAGAAGAGGGUUCGUUAUGAAAGCAGAAAAAAGCUAGCAGAGCAGCGACCUCGGGUGCGAGGACAGUUUGUUCGGCAGAUAACGUCUGACAGCAAAGCGGGCGAUGACUGCCAGAGCAACGACUCGAUCUCGAAGGACAAUUCUUGCGACAGUGUUCUAUGACAGAAGGAGGAAUGCAUGUGGAUGGUCGAUCAUUGUUGUUCAGAGUGCGAAGGCAUGUAUGAAUAUGAACCUUUACACUGGCCUUGUCUUUUACCAAAAGAUGUUUUAGUCUUGUUUUGGAAAUCAAGGUUUGUUAUGAAAACUCAAAGAAGCAACUGAACUUCAUACAUUUCUUGUAUCUGGGAAAGGAGAUUACGAACAGAUAAGACUUGUGGAUUCAAAAUAA